GCCAGACUUGCAAAAGCUCGCACAACUAUUAGAUAUACAUAAAUAAAUUAUCUGUGAAAAUGUUGUAAUUAAUAGAUAGCCACAGAAACAAGAUGUCAACUGCAGAGCACGUUUCGAAUAGCUUGAUUGAAGAAUACAACCACGAGUUGCCCACCAACAUAAUGUAUAAACAAUCGUGUACAAACUUGCUGGGGCUUUCAGCUGCUGGGAUGAGGGCGUGGAUAAAGGGAUUCGAUACCGUUGUAACUGACUGCGAUGGAGUUCUCUGGGUAUAUGGCAAUGCUAUUGAAGGCGCCGUCGACACUAUAAACCAAUUGAAGUCCAUUGGCAAAAGCAUUUAUUUUUGCACAAACAAUUCAACGAAAACACGCUCAGAACUACUACAAAAGGGUGUCCAAUUGGGCUUCCACAUCACUGAGGAUGGGAUUAUAUCCACUGCCCAUGCAACUGCUGCCUACCUGAAGAGAUCGGAUUUCAAGAAACGCGUGUAUAUCAUUGGCUCUCAAGGCAUUGCAAAGGAAUUGGACUCUGUGGGCAUUCCACAUACAGAGGUUGGACCGGAUCCCAUGAUCAGCUCCUUGGGAGAUUUCAUGGAUAAGCAUUUAAAGCUGGAAACGGACAUUGGCGCUGUGGUUGUUGGGUUUGAUGAGCAUUUUAGCUUUCCCAAAAUGACAAAAGCCGCCUCGUAUCUAAGCAAUCCAGAGUGUUUGUUUAUUGCAACCAAUACAGAUGAACGCUUUCCCAUGCCAAAUCUGAUUGUGCCCGGAAGCGGUAGCUUCGUUAAAGCUAUCGAAACGUGUGCAGAGCGUGAACCAAUUGUAAUUGGAAAACCAAAUCCGGCCAUAUGCGAGUCAUUAAUUAGAAAUAAGAAAAUUAAUCCGGCAAGAACAUUAAUGAUCGGCGAUCGAGCCAAUACCGAUAUAUUGCUUGGCUAUAACUGCGGCUUUCAGACCCUGCUGGUCGGCUCUGGUAUACACCAGCUGAGCGAUGUAGAGGAGUGGAAGCGUAGCGCAAAUCCAGAGGACAAAAAAUUAAUACCGGACGUGUACCUGCCUAAACUGGGGGAUCUAUUGCCCUCAAUAAUUGAAAGCAUAACUGGUGGUAGCUAUUAAUCUAUUGGCUUUUUGUGUUAUUUAACUGUUACUACUCAGGGACGCUACUAAUUUAAAAAAGAAAACAAAAGAAUUUAACUACAAAAAGUGUAAUAAAAUCUAGUACAUUAUGUACUAACUAACUAGCAAAGUUUCGAAUAAAGUUACU